UGAUAUGUCCGAGCAUGCUGCUGAAUGCACAGUAAAACCAUCGGUUGCAGGUAGAUGCUGGUAGAAGUGCAAUUGUGGUUAACUGUAAUAUUGGUCAUAAGACUAGAGGGUGCUUUGUAGCUAUACUAUUGAACUAAACCAUACUUGAGACCUUCUAUCUAAUAUCAUUGUGUUGAAGGUACAAGAAAAGGAAGGAAAAAAAGGCUGGGAUAAUACAUAGUUGGUUCUCUUAACAGCCUUUGGAUAUACAAUAAAAUACUAUACAGGUAGUAAUUUAUCAAGAUAUCCAUUUGGAUGUUCCCUGGUAUUCCUGGAGAUGCUCUGUCCUAGGUUAUUGUUUCAAAUACUACAUACGGUUACCUGCUUUUGGAAAUUUUUAAUCAUCUUUUGUAAAGAGCCAAACCAUGCUUUAGAAGGGUUAUUAUUAUUAUUAUUGAAUUAGAAUGGUGAACUCCUUGCCAAAUAGUCGAGUGAGGGUGGGAUGGAACCUGUCUCUUGUACACUGGGAAUAUGAAUCCCUGAAUGAAUAUCUGCAAGAUUUCUUGAAGACUACCUAUCACAUUUUAUAGUAUAAGCAUAUUUAAAUGGACAGUCCAAAUACCAUUUUUGUAGGACAAGAAAUGUAGGAGUAUGUAAAUCAAGUUACUGUAUGACCAUGCAGGGCCAUCUAAAAAUUGCAGAUUUUGGAUGGGCUGUGCAGUCAAAUUCCAAGUGACGUACAAUGUGUGGCACCAUAGAUUACCUUGCCCCAGAAAUGAUUGAGAACAGAGCUCAUGAUCAUGCAGUUGAUAACUGGAUGCUAGGUGUUUUAUGCUUCGAGUUCCUUUAUGGUGUUCCACCAUUCGAAGAAGACGACCAGAAAGCCACUUUCAGAAGGAUCAUGAAGGUUGACUUGAAUUUCCCUUCCAUACCUCUUGUGUCUGCUGAAGCAAAGGAUCUCAUUAGGAAGCUACUGGUGAAGGAUUCAUCUAAGAGGCUUUCCCUUCAGAAGAUCUUAGAACAUCCUUGGAUAAUCAAAAGUGCAGAGCCACCAGUACAAUAGCAGUCUGCAAGGUUAGAAGAUAAAGGCAUGUAUGUUGAGAUUCGUGCAUUUUAAAUAAAGAAGUGGUAAGAUGAAGGCAGCAGGUCAAUGGGCUAAGAAUUCUUUGCGAAGUUGGCAGGAAUUCACCCCUCCUUUCCUGCAAUUUCUGUAUGCUGUAUAUUUAACAUGGUUCAAUUUGCUUUCUGUUAAUUGAAUUAUCUCUGGCAGCGUGCUGCUUUGUACGUCAGGGCCGGACAGCUCUUUAUACUGAGAUACAUGUUCGUUCCUACUGUAUUUCUAAUUCAACUACCAACAGGGUUGUCAUAUUUAUAUACAGGGUCAGUACACCUGAU